GUGCGUCACGCCGUCACGUUUGUGAGUGAACAUGGCGAACAUUCGGUGCGUCAAGGGCAUGGUUGGUGUGGUCAGUGGAGGGGCCUCGGGUUUGGGCAGAGCCACAGUGGAGCGUCUGAUCCAGAGUGGAGCCUCCGCUGUGAUCUUGGACCUGCCCUCGUCAGAAGGUGGUGCUGUGGCUGCAAGUCUGGGGGAGCGCUGUGCCUUUGCUCCAACCGAUGUGACCUCAGAAGCAGAUGUCCGCUCUGCAGUGGCUUUGGCUCGGGAGCGUUUCGGGAGACUGGACUUGGCAGUGAACUGUGCCGGCAUCGCUGUCGCCGUGAAAACCUACAACUUUAAAAAGGACACACCGCACAGUUUAGAGGACUUCCAACGCGUCAUUAAUGUGAACAUCGCAGGGACCUUUAACGUGAUCCGUCUGGCUGUGGGAGAGAUGGGGAAGAACGAACCCGACGCAGACGGACACAGAGGCUGCAUCAUCAACACAGCCAGUGUCGCAGCUUUUGAUGGACAGGUGGGGCAGGCUGCGUACUCGGCCUCUAAAGGUGGCAUCGUGGGCAUGACCCUCCCCAUUGCACGAGACCUGGCUCCUAUGGGCAUCAGAGUGGUUACUAUCGCUCCAGGCCUGUUCUCCACUCCUCUUUUGGCCAGUCUUCCAGAGAAGGUGCGCUCGUUUCUGUCUCGUCAGGUGCCCUUCCCGUCGCGCCUGGGAGACCCCGCGGAGUUCGCUCACCUCGUCACAUCCAUCGCAGAGAACCCCAUGAUCAAUGGAGAAGUGAUCCGAUUGGAUGGAGCUAUACGCAUGCAGCCCUGAGACCUGUGUGCGGGAGGGCAUCUGGAGUGGCCUGAGAUCACCUGAUAUCUCCACCUUCUAAAGACUCUAGUUUAAAGGUGCACUAUGGAACUUUCCUGGUAGGAGCUGUCAAAAAUGUUAUAGAUUUGCCUGGAAUGUUCCACAGCAUGGCGUGAUUUCGAUACUAAGGAAUAGACUCGAUUCUCUAUACUGAUUCUGAUACCACAAUGAUCAUAAAAACUUUAAUUUCUUUCUUUUAUAUUCCCAUGUGGCUUUAUAUCUGUGCAAUCCCUCAAGAUCAUUCUAAAGAUAUUAACCCUUUAGCGUCGGAUCCUAUCGUUGCCGAUAGAGCGCGGAUGCGGACUUUCCAGCUGCGUACUCCGCAACCAGUCGUGCUCUCAAGUAAAUUCAAACGGCGUCUCAAAGCGGAGGCACGGGGCUAUUUAAAUAUUUUUCCGUCAGUUACGGUAAUAUGCCUCUGUUGCUCCGCGAAGGUGACGAAUGAGAGCGCGGGUGCUGCGGGGAUUUUCCCAGUCAUUUAUUCGAUGUGUAAAAGAAAAAAUACGGAUGAAAGUGUAAAAUAGAAGUAGAUGUGUGAAAAAAUGCAGUAAAUUCUGAUACUUCCUUUUAAUAUGAUUUUUAUGGCUAACAAAAAUAUAAAAGUCUAGGUGACCUAUACUGGCCCAUAGUGUGCUCAGUCCUUAAAGGGUUAAGGAAAGGUUCAUUUCUGUCCUGUGAAUGUGACUUUUUCAGGAUCAAUACCUGCUUAAAUGAGUAUCUAGUUUUGAUACUAGUUUUAGUAUCGCUUAAUAUCUGAUUUUGACAACUUGGCUUGUCUCCACAGAGAUUGCAAAGUUUUGUACCAUUUUUGUGGAGUAUUCCAGGCAAAACAACAUGUCCAUGGAGAAAAAAAACCUGAACCCCCCACUAGAAAUGUUACACAUCGUAGUUUUAACACUGAGCUGGAGGACAGGGCAGUUUUCUCUAUGAUCAAAUUAGCCUUUUAACUGAAAAAAUCUAACAACAUAGACCAUGAUCCUUUGCGUCGUGACUGUUAUUAAAUGAACUUUUUAGAGAAAGCUGCACUGUGUAACUUUUAAGUGUCUGCCAGCUUCUUGUCUCCAUGGAGAUGUUCUGUUUUUGUGAGGAAUGUUCCACUACUGUAUAUGGCAUUUAUCUCCAUGCAGACUGCACUAGGCCAAGUGUGUUUCAGCAAUACAUCAAAACAUCUGUUAUGUCAAUGCAAGAUAAAUUAAUGUUAUGUUAUCUCCAUGGAGACAAGAAGGUGGCAGACGGAAAGUUACACAGUGCUCCUUUUAGUGGUGAAUGAUUUGUUUAUCUGUAAAACACAGCAGAAACAGUAAAUAUGUAAAUUACAUAACAGUUUGAAGUUUUUUUGAAUUUAAAUAAAAAUGUGAAUCAGUUUUG